AUGAGUAAAUCUUUGCCACAUCCAAGUUCAAGGAAAACACCAAGUGGCGGAAAAAAAAAGGCGAAAAAUGCUUUAAAAAAAUCAGAACAUGUAAUUGGCAUCCUUGCCAUCAAAUUGGAGAUCACAGUGCGAGCGGCCCGUUCAAAUACUGGAAUUGCUGGAAUUGUAACUAUAUGA